UUGAGGCAGAGAAGGAGUUUGCAAAUGGCUAUAUCUCAGCAUUUUUCGGAGACCAAUGUUAUGCCUGGAAUUGAUGUUAGUCUUCAAUGUACGGUGACAGGGCCGCAUCCAGUGAGAUUCAUUUGGGAAAGGGACGGACUUGUUAUCUCGUCCAAUACAGAUUCGAGAUAUACCAUAGGCCAAACUAUGGCGCAAGAUGGCGGAGUCAUCACCCAGCUGAACAUAUCACAUGUCAGGGUUGAUGAUGGUGGACUGUUUUCAUGUGUGGCUCACCAUGGAGAUAAUAUUGCAGCUCAUCAUGAUAGAGUCAAUGUGUACGGUCCACCAUACAUUCGGACGCUACCCCCAUUCAAAGUACAAAGUGGACAAAGUGUCACUCUUCGAUGCCCAUAUUACGGAUAUCCUGUGAGAGAAAUAACAUGGGAAUACAAAGGGAAAGAGAUCGCAUCCGAUGUCUCCACUCAAGCGAGUAGAUUUAAGAGAUUCAUUAACAACACUGCUUUGCACAUAGAGAUAUUUGGACGAAAGCCUAAAUUAAGAGCUAAAAGAGAUUUAGCUUCUGUCAAUGAUGGUGUUUUAAAUAUAGCUAAAGUUUCUAAGAACGAUAAUGGGGCAUUAUAUGCUUGUGUAGUGAGAAGCCCUUCUGGAGAAAUGGCUAAAAGACCAUUGGAACUGCAUGUUGUUGAACCUCCUCAAUUAGAAGAGAUUUUGCUGGCUUCAGAUCUGCAAGAAGGACAAAUCGUACAAAUUCAUUGUAAUUUGAAGAGUGGAGAUUCACCUGUUUAUUAUUCGUGGUUGAAAGAUGGAAAGAAAAUAGCGACGCAUUUAAAGAUCGUCGAACGGAGUUUAGAAGUAUUCAGUGUCCUUAUAAUAAAGAACGUAUCUUUAGAACAUUGUGGGACAUACACGUGUGUGGCUGCUAACCACGUGGCUAAAGUGAACCGUACUGUCAAUUUAUAUAUCAAGGUUGCACCAAAAUGGAGCGAAGAGCCACAAAACACAUCACUACUGUUGGGACGCAGUGGACACAUAUCGUGCAGUGCAAACGGGUAUCCUCAACCCCAAACGCAUUGGUUGAAAAGAGACGUGAUAUCAGAGACCUGGCGUCCAGUUUUAGAAGUAGCCGGAGGAGGAGUGCUGAGUCUAUCUAAUGGAUCUCUUAUUUUUGAUUCUGUGGCUCUCUCCGAUGCUGGUCUGUAUACUUGUCAUGUCGAAAACGGUGUUGGUGAAGCACUAAGUAAGACUAUAUGGAUUUCUGUUAAUAAACCGGUAACAUUUGAUGUGACAUCAAGAAACCUCACAUCCAAGCUAGGCCAACAUGUGACUAUAGAAUGCCAAGCAAAAGGAGAUGACCCCAUCAGAAUGAUGUGGACGAGAAAUGGGAAACCAAUAAAUCCUUUGACACAAAGAGUAAAGAUAUUAGAAAUCAAAACAGAAGAUGGUAUGACGAGCACUCUAGAACUACUACAGACUGAGACUAGCGAUGGUGCCUUAUACCAGUGUCGUGCUGGUAAUCCAUUUGGAGCAGACGUUUAUAGUGUUCAACUAACUAUUUUAGAACCUCCUUCUCCACCGACUGACCUAUCAGUGGACUCAGUGAAGAGUAGGUCUGCGAAGUUGUCAUGGAGAGACAUGGCCAGAUCUUUAGCUCAAUAUUACAGCUUGCAGAUAACGAGCAGCCAAAGAUUAUCGUGGAACACUGCUAGGACUAUUAAUGUUACCAGGUUAGAAGACAUACGUCACACAAUAGAUAUAGAAGAUUUGCAGCCGUCCACUGCUUAUAGUGCCCGAGUCGCCGGUGGAAAUCAGGCAGAUUUGAGUCAUUACUCAACACCUGUUAGAUUUACAACUACUGAAGAAGCUCCAUCAUCACCACCUUUAGGAGUUCAAAUAGAACAAACUGAGAGUCCAGGAGAGCUCAGGAUAAAAUGGCUACCGCCACCGUCUGACGCUCACAACGGUCUUAUAAUAGGCUAUAGAUUGAGAGCUGUCCCUCAACUUAGUGGUGUAAAAGAAGUCGAAGAGUCAAGUGACAAAAUUAUAAAAACAUCGUCGUUAUAUUCGAAACAGGAGACAGUAAUAACUGGACUGCUCAAAGGCGUACGGUAUGCAGUUUCAGUAGCGGCCUUUAACAGCGCUGGAGUCGGCCCGUUCUCCAUUCCUUUGUUCCAAGAUACCAGAGAAGGCGCACCAGAAGAAGGCCCAUCGUCGGUGGAGUGUGGAGGGGUAACAUCAACGGCUUUGCGAGUCAGCUGGCAACCCAUCCCACCACACAAACAAGCUGGUGCCCUUGUCGGGUACAUCGUCCUUUACGCUGCCCAGGGUCGACAGUGGCUCAACGCUACAUCGCUCGUCACGGAAUUACGUCUGCAAGGCUUGUUGAAGUUCACUAACUACACGAUCAAAGUGGCUGGCUUCUCAAACUACGGACUCGGGCCAUUCUCCUUUCCUAUUGUCUGCGCUACGUUGCAGGACGUGCCAGACGCGCCCGCAGAAAUAAAACUAUUGGCGCAGUCUUCAAACACUCUGCUGGUAAGCUGGAAAAAACCGAGCCAGCCUAAUGGAAGGCUGUUGCACUAUACUGUUUACUGCAAACCUACAGCAAGCAACGAUGGACCACAAACCAUAAGAACAGAUGCACAGCAAGCUUACGAAGCAUACGAGAGAACCCAGGCUAUAGAACUAAAGGGCCUGACCGAUGGAAGACAGUAUGAUGUUUGGGUUACAGCAAGCACUGCAGUAGGCGAGGGUCCUGAUAGCAAACAUGUAACCAAUAUACCUUCUCAGAAAGUGGUAGCAGGAGUAGCUUCAUUAAGUGGCGAAGUGACAGUAGCAGUAAGAAACUCCUUACUCCUGGAAUGCAGGAGCGUGGGGUCCCCACCACCAAGAACCGUGUGGUACCAUAACCAGAACAUCAUCACUCACCACCCGAGGUUCACUAGGAAUAAUGAUGACAGUUUACUGAUCAAGAGUAUCGACCAAUCCCUUAGCGGCAACUACACGUGCCUAGCCAAGAACCUCUACGGAUCAGAUUCCGUAGUCUAUGCAGUAAGGGUUCUACCUCUGCCUGAUCCACCAGCCAUCAGGGCGACUCCCUAUAAAGACUAUAUUGUAGUGGAAUGGGAUGAUAUAAGGAGCUUUGGGAAUGACUCAUUGGCUUAUGGAAUAAGUUACAACCUCACCUGGCGUGAAGAAGACGGACCUUGGCAAGAAGCCUGGCCCGUGGCUCGUGAGACCAGACUUCCUGGUCUUCAACAGCAUACCCUUGCUGGCCUCAAAUGUGGCACUAAAUACUCAAUACGGGUCACUGCUACAGAUAAUGUUGGUACUUCAGCGCCUGCACAUGUUGAUGUUACAACACAGGGAGGUGCUCCUGUUUCUCCACAAUCAACUGACUGGUUAUGGAGCAACGCUACCCACAUUUACAUCCAGCUGAGUGGGUGGGAUGAUGGCGGCUGUGACGUUACAAAAUGGGAGGUGGACUACAGACUUCUCGGAUCCAAUUCUUGGCAUAGAGCAGAAAAUAGGGCGCCCAUGGAUUUAAACUUAGGCUGGAACUACAUGGAAGGGCAUUACCAAGCACCACCACUCCGCUCCAUGCCAACCUCUUACGCAGUCGGAUCUCUCGCUCCCGCCAACUGGUAUCAGCUACGAGUGACUGCGACAAACGAUGCCGGCGUAGCUUCUACUGUUUAUACGUAUGCCACGAAGAACGUUGAUGGAGAGGAAAUCGGACCACCUUCGGAGUUCCUCGACCUCAACAUGCUGGUCAUCAUAUGCAGUUCCAUCUUGCUCGUGGUUUGUUUGUCUGCCUUCUUCUGUAUACUGAUAAGAAGACACCGGCAAAACUUCUCAUCUCAAUAUCGCCACUCGAUCGCCGAAGAGGUGAAAUCCAGAAACGAGAGCGUGGCGUCACAUUCCGAACACAAGGAGCGGUAUGCGCACGCGCCGAGAAUCUACACAUCGCCUAUACAUCCGAGAAAGUGUAGUAAAAAUGAAAUGUUCGAGAUAAGCCCUUACGCGGAGUUCGCCUUAGGGUUCCGCUCGUUCGACCACGUGGAGAACCAAGACUUGCCGAGUCGGUUGCCCAGCAGGCCGAGAUUCGAUACUGAAACCAGUUUUCAAAAUCGCUCCGAGUCUGAUGACAGUGACAGCACAUCAAAGGCUACUGUUUCGGCGAUGCCUCGAAGACACUGCCGAACGCCACAUCACAGAUAA